AUGGCCACCAAGACAGAGUGGAGCUGCCCCAUCUGCUGCGAUACUGAAGAUGGCAUCGCCCAUGUGACCCCCUGUCACCACCACUUCUGCCUGGGAUGCAUCAUGAGGUGGGCAGCAAGGACAUCAAAUUGCCCACUCUGUCGAGGACCCAUGGACGAAGUCAGGUUUUCCGUGCGGGGAGAAAACGACUAUCUACAGUGUGUUGUGUCCUCAGAAGUGUCACCACAGGACAACAGCCAGGCAGACAGAGCUCCCGAUGAUCUGGCCAACAGCAGCCUCCAUCACGCUGCUCCAUCCCCUCCGUCCUCUCCACAGGAGACGGCAUACCAGGAAGAGCAGGGGGCUGCCGGAACAGAGGCCAGGGAUAUCAUGAGUGGCCUCCAGCCCGCGGUCUGGGCGGAACUUUUCCGGCAAGACAAGCGUCUCCUCAACCCCGUGCUGCCCUGGCUGCGCCAGCGUCUGGAGGCAAUCUUUGGGGAGCAGUGGUGGCUGGCAACAGGAAUAGAAGCCCUGCUCUUGCAGGCCCUGUGCUUCUGUGGGCUGGACGAGGAGGCCAUGCUUGAGCAACUGCAGCCUGGCCUUCAGGAACAUACAGCAUCCCUGGUCCAUGACCUCAUCGACGUUGUCAUGCAUCGGUGCAGCGAUGAGGCCUUGAGGAUGCUGCAGUCCUUCUCUGCCAGCCAAGAGGAGGAGGAUGAUGGACAUGCAGCCAACUCCGACUCCACCACCUCCACAAUAGAAAAUCUGACUAAGACAGUGUCUGAACAAAAUAAGAUCCAGACUGAGAAGAUAGAGAAUAUAGCUAAGACACAGAAGGAGACAAUGGAGAACAUGAGCAAGACACAAAAUAAGACAAUGACUGAGACAAUAGAGAAAAUGACCAAGGUCGCUGACAGGGUACGACAGUAUGAAGAUAGUCUCUCUCAUCCCAUCGGUGUUGCAGCAAUAGAAAAUCUGACUAAGACAGUGUCUGAACAAAAUAAGAUCCAGACUGAGAAGAUAGAGAAUAUAGCUAAGACACAGAAGGAGACAAUGGAGAACAUGAGCAAGACACAAAAUAAGACAAUGACUGAGACAAUAGAGAAAAUGACCAAGGCAAUAGUUCAGCAAAAUGAGACAAUUCUUCACAAACUGCUUGAAAAACUCUCUGAGAUUGGGAAAGAAUCUUACUCUUCCCCAGCUCAGACCCAAGUUGCAGCUCAGGCUCAAAUUCCUGAUCAGACCCAAGUUCAAGCUCAAAUUCCAGCCCAAGCUCCAGUUGCAGCUCAGGCUCAACUUCCUGAUCAAACCCAAGGAGCAGCUAGGACCAAAGUCACAGCCAUUAAGAAAAAAUACCGUCCUAUGAGACCAACCAAAGGGAAACAGGACUCACUCCGAGGUUUCCUGUGGCUUUGCCUCUGCAAUUAUGGAGAGAACAUGAGGAGAUGGGAUAAAAAACCAACUUCAGCCCUACAGGCACGGGUGCUUGAGUUGCAAGCAGCAGAGUGCAGGCCACAGUUUGCUUUCACCUGGAGGGGUGUCCAGUACACCUGGAAUCGACUGCCCCAGGGGUGGAAACACAGCCCUACUAUUUGCCAUGGACUGAUCCAGACUGCACUGGAGAAGGGUGGAGCUCCAGAACACCUACAAUACAUUGAUGACAUCAUUGUUUGGGGUAAUACAGCAAAAGAAGUUUUCCAGAAAGGUAAGAAAAUCAUCGAGAUUCUUCUAGAAGCAGGUUUUGCUGUGAAAAGAGGUAAGGUCAAGGGACCUGCACAAGACAUCCAAUUCUUGGGAAUUGAAUGGCAAGAUGGCCGUCGCCAGAUUCCAAUGGAUGUGAUUAACAAAAUAACAGCUAUGUCUCCACCUACUAACAAAAACGAAACACAAGCCUUUUUAGGUGUUGUGGGCUUCUGGAGAAUGCAUAUUCCAGGUUAUAGUCAGAUUGUGAAACCUCUUUAUGAAGUGACUCGAAAGAAAAAUGAGUUCACAUGGGGUCCUGAACAACGACAAGCCUUUGAGCAAAUUAAACAAGAGAUUGUGCGUGCAGUAGCACUUGGACCAGUCCGAAGAGGACAGGACAUUAAAAAUGUGCUGUACACUGCUGCAGGAGACAAUGGCCCUACCUGGAGCCUAUGGCAGAAAGGACCAGGGGAAACUCGAGGUCGACCCCUGGGAUUUUGGAGUCAAUUGAAUGGCAAGAUGGCCGUCGCCAGAUUCCAAUGGAUGUGA